AAGACAUCCUCCACCGACCUAGCCGCCGGCCAACGCAGCGUUCGCACGGUCGGCCAGCAGUCGCCUCUUGCGGCCUCGGACACCGGUCGUCGCUCUCUCCACCAUCUCCACCGUCACUGUUGUCUCUGCCGUCGCCGCUGUCUUCGUUUGCAAGAACAUCAUCAGUGCCGCACUCGAUCUGCAAUGCCUCUGGACGCUUCCCAACCGCGGCUCUCUCGGUUACUCCCCUCGGCUCCUGAACCCACAGCGAUUCCAGCACCGCCAGCUACCGCACUCAUCCUGCGGAUGGGUGCAAUUGCGGCGCUGUUGCUCGGAAUGUCGUCGAGUCUGUCGGUGCAUGCACAGGGACACCGGCCAUACGGACUGGCUCUGGCCGGCCCACCAGCAUCAGCUUUGCUGCCGAUAUCGUCGAUGGCCCUGCUGCCAUCGCCAUCGCCAUCGCCAUCGCCAUCGCCAUCGCCAUCGCCUGCUCGGUCUCACUCGGCGCCGCUGCACAGUCCCCAAGUAUACCCCGCUUCCAAGAACACCGACUUUAUCUCGACCUCGGGCUCCUUCCAGACGCUGUCGCCGUCACCUUGGAGAGACGCCGCCGCCGCCAUCGCCGGAGUUGUCGGUGUCCUGACUGUGGUCUUCUUCGUGGGGCUGACGGCUCUGUUCAUUCGCCGGGCCAGUGAGCCGUCGCCGCCGUUGCGGGAUGUCCACAGCAAUCCCUUUGAUCUUGGCGAUCCCGUCGGUCGACUCCCGCAUCACCGGACCCAGCGCCUCGGCCAGCGUCCCGGUGCCGACCUCGAAGCCUCCCCUCUGCAACCGAAUGGCCUCAGCAACCGCUCGUCGUCGCUGGUGGCCGCCCGCAUCCAGAGGCAGCAGCAGCGGCACUGGCCCGUUUCGCAGCUGCGGCUCCAGGCCGAGGAAGCAUUCGCAUCGCUGCAACACCCUGGCUCGCCUUUGGCUGGAAACGCCGUCCCCUCCGAGUCCAAUUCGCAAUGGGUGCCGCCCCGCAGCCCCACAUCUCUGUUCCCUGCCCGGACGAUAUCGCCGCCCCUGCAUAGCGGCGAGCUGCCCGAUUCUCAUCGGCCGGCCCGUCGGCGCACCCUCGAUCUGGGACCGGCUGAAUCGCGUCCAGACUCGAGCCUCGCUGGACGGCUCCGCGGGCUCGCCAACGAGAUCCUGGAGCGCGAGCGCGAAGACCAUGCCGAAUACCAGGACUACAUUUUGCAAUCGAUCCGGUACCGCGAGCAGUGGCGGCUGCACGAGCAGCGAGUGCUGCGAUGGCUCGGCCUUGGGCCCUCCGAGCAGCCGUCGGCGGCAGCCGUCCGCAUCAAGGACGACUAUCUCCUCUGGGUCAUGGAGCAACCCGAUCACCAGCGAUACAGCUGCAUCAGCGAGGGCGACUGCCGCAAAGAGUACGACUACUGGCUGGCACAGUAUCGGUGCUCCUCCGUCUCGCCCCGAGCUUCAAACCUCGAUUCGGGCAAGCUGCCUCAGGCACCUCGACACUUGGACCACGACGACGUCACUGCCACUGCAACAUCAACAACAACAGCAGCAGCAGCAGCAGUACCGGCAGCGGCACUGGUGACCUCUCCCGAUUCGUUCCCACUCGAAGUCAUCUAUCCAUCGCUCGACCGCCGCUCGUCGGGCGAGCUGACCCUGUUCCGGACUCGCCGGUUCAGCGAAGAUGAGGGCCGGAAGACUCGCAGAAAGCGAAGCGCCGCUACAAUCGACGGCCGAGCCCCCUUGCAGCCCCGGUCGGCUAGGAUUGAGACAACCCCGAAACACUUGGAUGAUGCCGGAGAUCCUUCCCGCAACGACGCCGGAGGUCCUUCUCAUAGCAACUCCCAUCCGGGCCAAGGCGAGGCUUGUGCUGGUCGCAGCAACCGCGGUGCCGGCCCUGGCUUUGAUCAUUUAGAAACGGCAGAGGAUAUCUACGAUGCAGCGGUCCUGUCGAUGUACCGCAAAUAGAGCCGCAUCGAUGCUCUGGUUUGUGCGGGGGCCAUAACUGUAGCCGGGCCAUAUCGAAACAGGACGUUCGACCGAGUGUGCGAUAUGAUCCACCUACGGCAGGUUGUUGUUCAAAAGAAAUAGAGUGCCCC